CUCGUGCAGACUCGCUGAGAGCUCAAGGUCGCUUUAUGCUGUCCGAGAAGCUCUUAGAGAAUCUUCAGCACUCCCGCUCUUGGGAGUCUCUCAGUGAAGCAAUGAAAGCCUGAGCUUGGUUUUUCUUGGAUAAGGCCCGAAUGUUCAUAUUCCCAGCAUCUACUGAUGAAUUAUUUGUGAAGUCCGUGGAAGAUCAUGUCUGGGGCUUGCAUUCCAAGAUUUGGCACUGUCGGGCCAAAUUUUAUCAGGGGGGAGACGCUGUCCAGAUGCACACCCGCUUAGAAGACCUUUUCCGGCAAUGUCCAAGUACUGGAGAUCUCGUUGACCACAGGGAUGCACUUGAGGGGCUUGCACAAAUAGCAUUUUGUGAAGGCAGGUUGUCCGAUGCAAUGGAUAACCUGCAGACGCUCGUGGGGAUUUUCGAUGGACAACAUUCGGAUGGCGUCCUUUGGUGUACCGUGCGAAAGGCUGUUGUUGCGAGCAAGCAAGGGAAUUGUGACCUUGCGAGGGAGCUCAUCCAGAAAGCAUCAGAGCCCUUCCAGUUCUUUUCACUGCGCAGUGCACGCACAUUCCUCCACCAAUCUUACGGCUCGGCAUGUAUUGAGCUCACCGCAGGCAAGUGCGACAGGGCUGAGACUUAUUUCACCACCACGAUCGAAGCCUGCGACAUGCAAGGCGAUCUGACGUUCAAGGCAUUCAGCAAGCGUGGACUGGGGGAGAUUGCAUUUGCGAGUAAUAACUUUGCUCUAGCUACCCUACACUUUGAAGAGGCAAGGUCUUUGUGCACUGAGAUGGGAGUGUCCCCUCAACAUUUGUAUAGUUGCUUGCUGUUGGAUACUUUACCGGACCAAUUCAAAGGAUGGGUGUUAUUCCUAAGGGGUAUGUCACCAUUUGCGAAUAAUACUACGUAG